CUUCUUCCUAUAAUAUACAGGUAACAUCGCUACCUAAAAAUUUCACCCAUGUGACUGAGAAAACACUCAUUAUAUAUGUACGCUGCUCCCUUGCCUUUAACCAUAUUCCUAAGCACCCAGAAAUAUACAUACCUUUGGAAAAAAUAGAACCAAAGGAAUUUUCAUGUUUGAGAUAUCGAAAAAAAACAAAACAGUGCUUUUUAGUAAAGUUUUCGAAGUGGCCACCUAAAGGAGCUUUAAAUACCUUGGUUCAAAUAAUCAAAGAAUAAGUGACUUGUUAUGCGAUUUCAAAUCAAAAAAUAAGUCACGAGCACCGACCGCUGUCAAAAAAAUAAGUUGAGCUAACUAUAUAUUACCGGAAAAACCAAGAACAAUUAUUCUGAAUUAGAUUGAAACGGUACCAUGGCGACCAUUAAUAUUAGACGUGAUGUUAAGGAUAGCUUUUAUCGCUACCAAAUGCCCAAGCUGCAAGCUAAAAUUGAAGGCAAGGGAAACGGUAUAAAAACGGUUAUUACUAAUAUGACCGAUAUAGCGAAAGCUUUGGGACGACCCCCCUUGUAUCUGACCAAAUUUUUUGGCUUUGAGCUUGGAGCGCAGACCACCAUUGUCGCUGAUAUGGAUCGUUACAUUGUUAACGGAGCACAUGAUGCUGCUAAGCUUCAAGAUAUGUUGGAUGUUUUUAUUCGUCGUUUCGUUUUGUGUGCUUCUUGCCAAAAUCCAGAAACGGAAUUGAGCAUCAACAAAAAGGACCAAACCAUCACUUAUGAUUGCAAAGCUUGUGGUUAUCGUGGAGAAAUCGACGGCCGUCACAAGCUUACGGGUGUUAUUGUGAAAAAUCCACCUGCCAAAAAAUCCCACAAACAUAAAAAGGCUUCUCGACAUGUUGAUGAAGACGACGUUGCCGAAGAUGAACUUACUCGUCGUAUUCGUAAGGAAGCUGCUGAAUUGCCCACUGCUGAAACAAUAAACGAGGAAGAUUGGGCUGUGGAUACAAGUGAGGAAGCUGUGCGUGCUCGUGUUCAAGAAUUGGAAGGUAAUAUUAAAGAUGUGCUCUCUGUGAAUGAUUCACGUGGAGAGGAUGAUGAAGCCGAUGCUCGUUAUGAUGAAUUUGGUCAAUGGUUGGAAUUGCGACUUCCUAUGUCUGAUGUAGACAUUUACAAAAAGAUGAAGGAAGAGAACAUCCAUCAUAAGAGCAAGGCAAUUGCUGUGUUGGUUCAACGUAUCAUUCGUCCUCCUUUCUUAGGUCAAUUCAAAAAACAUGCUGCCCUUUUUAAAAAACUUAGUAACACCGAUAAACAUGAGCGUGCUAUCCUUGGAGGUUACGAACGUCUCAUUGAGUCGAGCAAAUUACAACAUUUGGACACUGUUUCUAAGGUUUUGUUAGAAAUCUAUCAAAAUGACUUGGUUUCUGAAGGAACGCUUGAAAAAUGGGGCGCUAAACCUAGCAAGAAAUAUGUUAGUCGUGAAACAAGUAAGAAAAUACUGGAUUCUGCUCGUCCCUUUUUGAAUUGGCUCGCGGAGGCCAGUGACGAGUCUGAAAGUGAAGAGGAUGAAUAGACUUUUUACCAAGUUGAUACUUUUUAGCCUUUCAGAAUUUUAAAAAGCUGAGGUUCUGCAGCUUUAUUUUAGCUACUUAGAAAAUAAAAAAGCGUUAUUGCUUAUGUUAUUUUAAUUUUAGAUAUUUAUUCAACGUUAUGUAUGUUGUAAGUUGUUGAACAACUUUG